CCCUCCUGCCAGUCCUAAGCGCGGUCCUGCGGGCGGGACCUGCGCCGGCCUAGGAGGGAGUCCUCCAAGGUCCGACGGUCGGGGGCUCAUGAACAGCAGGGCUCCACUUUUCGUGGGGAAAGUGAAAUUCUUUGGCCGGCAUCGCGGGGAGGUCAACUGCUCUGCCUUCUCUCCUGAUGGCCAGACGCUGCUCACAGCCUCUGAUGACGGCUGUGUGUAUGGUUGGGAGACUAAGAGUGGGCAGCUGCUGUGGAGGCUGGGUGGCCACACAGGCCCUGUGAAGUUCUGCCGCUUCUCUCCGGAUGGCUGCCUCUUUGCCAGCUCCUCCUGUGACCGCACCAUCCGCCUGUGGGACCUAUCAAGAGCCAAGUGUCUGCGGGUGCUCAAGGGUCACCAGCGGAGUGUGGAGACACUCAGCUUCAGUCCUGACUCAAGACAGCUGGCAUCAGGUGGCUGGGAUAAGCAGGUGAUGCUCUGGGAGGUGCAGUCAGGCCACAAGCUGCGCCACUUGGAGGGGCACCAUGACUCUAUUCAGAGCAGCGACUUCUCCCCCAGCGAAAACAGCCUGGCCACAGGUUCCUGGGACUCCACUGUGCGCAUCUGGGACCUGCGGGUAGGGACCCCAGUUGUAUUCCAUCAGGAACUGGAGGGCCACAGUGGCAACAUCAGCUGCCUGUGCUACUCACCAUCUGGCCUCCUGGCAUCUGGCUCCUGGGACAAGAACAUCCACAUCUGGAAUCCCAACAUCAGCAGCCUGAUCGUUCAGCUCAAGGGCCAUGUCACCUGGGUGAACAGCAUAGCUUUCUCCCCGGAUGAGGGGCAGCUGGCCAGCGCUAGCUACUCGGGCACGAUCAAAGUCUGGGACUACAAAACAGGAAAGUGCCUUGAGACCUUGAAGGGAGUUCUGGAUGUGGCCCACACCUGUGCCUACACCCCACAAGGCAGACUCUUGGUGUCUGGAACUGCUGUUUAGGCAAGAUGCCAAGUCCAGUGCUUGUUCAAGUCACCCAGGACCCCUUGAAUGUCACAUCACUGAUGAUGGCUCUCAUAUUCCAACCCUCCCUGCUGAAGGUAGACAGCAUAGGCCCAAAGUAACUAAGAGUGCCGAUCAAACCCUGCAGCCAGGACUGCCAGCAUCGCCAAGGCCGCUGACUUCCACGGGUGGCAGGGUACCACCAGACACCUGGCACUGCAGUCAGGGCCAGGCCAGGCCAGCCCCAAGCCACCUAUCCAGUCUGGUCUGUGGAAAUAGCACCAAGCACAAAGCAACAAAAGCCAGUUUUCUUGUUUUAUUGUGCCGUGACACUCAGGCUUUGACCGCGUACUUGCGCAGAGGGUACAGCCGCUCUUUCCGCUGCUGCUUCUUUGUCUUUAGGUUCUCCUCGUGCUUGUUGAGCCGGCGGCGCAUAGCUCGUGUCUUCUUGGGCCGCAGGUCCAGGGGUUUGUACUUCUUGCCCUGGGACACAGACAGCAAGGUCAACCGGAGCACAGCAUUUUAGG